CACGGGCGGCAGUCGGGGGCAUUUGGGCAAUUUGGGGCGUUUUGGGGAAUUUUCGGGGGGGGCUGAAGGAAUUCGCUCCCUCCCGCCCCCCCAAAAACGCCUGGGAAAAAAAAAAAUCGGGAUUCUCACCGCCCUGCUCCGCCUCUCCACCGGGAAUUCUGCGGAAUUCCAGGAUUUGCACCGGGAACUCGGCGCAAUUCCAGGAUUUGCACCGGGAAUCCUGCGCAAUUCCAGGAUUCGCACCGGGAAUCCUGCGCAAGGAUUCUUCCAGGAUUUUUCCCUCCUCCCGCAUCCCCGGAGCCCCUGGGCCAUCGAUGAGGCAUCACCAUGCUGACCAGCAUCACCGACGGCUUCCUCUGCUGCCUGCUGGGCAAGACCCCCAACGCCGUGGGGCCUCUGGACAGCGUUGAGUCCAGCGAUGGCUUCACCUUCCUGGAGGUGAAACCCGGCCGGAUCCUGCGCAUCCACCACAGCGCUCCCGAGCGCCCGGGGCCCCCGGAAUUCCCGGGAUCGUCCCCCGAGCGCGGCGCCGUGCGCUGCCAGCGCCGCAUCACGCUCUACCGCAACGGGCAGCUGCUGAUCGAGAACCUGGCCGAGGCCUCGCGCCCCGAGAGCGCCCGGAGCCCGCGGCGGUGCCCGCCGUGCCCCGUGCCCGAGGCCAACGGCGAGCCGGGAGCGCCGGAGCCCGCCGGUGUCGCCGCCAAGCGCCGCAAGCGCAAGCCCAAGAGGGUGGUGACGGUGGACUGCAAGAAGCGCAUCACCAGCUGCAAGGGCACGCACGGGGACGUGGUGCUGUUCUUCAUCCACGGGGUUGGAGGCUCUUUGGACAUCUGGAAGGAGCAGCUGGAGUUCUUCUCCAAGCUGGGCUACGAGGUGGUGGCGCCGGACUUGGCGGGGCACGGCUGCAGCUCGGCGCCGCCCGUGGCCGCCGCCUACACCUUCUACGCGCUGGCCGAGGACAUGAGGGCCGUGUUCAAGCGUUAUGCCAAGAAAAGGAACAUCCUCAUCGGGCACUCCUACGGGGUGUCCUUCUGCACGUUCCUGGCUCACGAGUACCCCGAGCUGGUGCACAAGGUGAUCAUGAUCAACGGGGGCGGCCCCACAGCGCUGGAGCCCAGCCUGUGCUCCAUCUUCAACCUGCCCCCCUGUGUGCUGCACUGCCUGUCCCCCUGCCUGGCCUGGAGCUUCCUCAAGGCUGGCUUUGCCCGCCAAGGUGCCAAGGAGAAGCAGCUGCUGAAGGAGGGCAACGCCUUCAACGUCUCGUCCUUCGUGCUGAGGGCCACCAUGAGCGGGCAGUACUGGCCCGAGGGCGACGAGCUGUACCACGCCGAGCUGGCCGUGCCCGUGCUGCUGGUGCACGGCAUGCACGACAAGUUCGUGCCCAUCGAGGAGGACCAGAGGAUGGCAGAGAUCCUGCUGAUCGCCUUCCUGAAGGUGAUCGACGAGGGCAGCCACAUGGUGAUGCUGGAGUGCCCCGACACGGUGAACACGCUGCUGCACGAGUUCGUCCUCUGGGAGCCCGACACGCCCGCGGCCCGCGGCGACGGCGACACCAAAUGAGGGCCAGCGACACGCGGGGACAGCGGGCUGGCUGCUCCCGCGGCAGAGGCGGAGCGCGGAGCGGGCUCGGCCCGGCCGCCAGCCCGGUUUGUGCCCGGGGCCGAGCGAGGAGGAGCCCCGGGCUGCGAUGGCAGCGCCGGGAGAGGAGCGCGGCGAGUGCCCAGGGCCGGGGACAGCGGGGACACGGCUCGGCCGGUCCCCAACCCCGACAGGACUGCGGGGACACGGCUCGGCCGGUCCCCAACCCCGGACAUGUCACACCGAAUUCCCGACCCCAGGGGGACAGCGGGGACACGGCACGGCCGGUCCCCAAACCCCGGACAUGUCACACCUGGACCCCGGACAUGUCACACCGAGUCCCCAACCCCGGGGAGACAGCGGGGACACGGCACAGCUGGUCCCCAAAUCCCGGGGACAGCGGGGACACGGCACAGCUGGUCCCCAAAUCCCGGGGACAGCGGGGACACGGCACAGCUGGUCUCCAAAUCCCGGGGACAGCGGGGACACGGCACAGCUGGUCCCCAAACCCGGACCCGCCACCCCCGGCGCUGGAGCGGCUCCGUCCCGGUUUUUUUGUCGCCGUCGUUGUCAUUCCCGCACACAGCGACACCGGGAGGACAUGGAGAGUCCCGGGGACACCGGGAGGACACGGAAGGACCCGGGGACACCGGGAGGACACGGAGGGUCGCCACAGGGAUUUUUGGGGCAGUUUUCAGGAGAAUCCAGAGGCUCCCCCACGUCGGGAUUUGCGUGGAUUUUGGGGGUUCCUUGUGGGGUUCGGCGGCUCCUGCUGGCAUGAGGAGGAGGAUGAUGAGGAUGAAGAUUCCUGGAGUGUCCCCAGUGCCACCACGGCCGCGUCCCCGCUGCCCUCAGCGCUUUCAGGGCAGAGCCCCUCGGGGCCACUCCCGGGCCUUUCCCGCGGCUCCGUCCCCGGGAUCCGCCCCUGGAGCAACGGGGGGGGACAGCGGGACCCCCAUUCCCGGUGAUGAUUCCCGGUGAUGAUUCCCGGUGAUGAUUCCCGGGAUUCCUGAUCAUUCCCGCCCGGUUCCGCGGGAUCCCGGACCGCCCGAUCCCACCCGACCCCACCCGAUCCGCGCCGAUCCCGCCCCUCCUGUACCACACCCCCGUUCCCAGGAGCCAGCACGGCUGGAGGAGCCACCCGAGGCUGUCGCCGGUGCCACCCGCAAUGCCAGGAGGUGCCACCUGUCACCCCCCCCCUCCAAAAUUCCCGACAUUUAAACCAAAGAAGGCGCCGACCCACGGACACCUCGCCCCUGUCCCUUGUCCCCAGCCUGUCCCCUGCCCCACACGGGGCUGGCACCGCACCGAGGGGCUCAGGGGACGCCGUGAUAUCCCCACUGAUGUCCCCAGGGUGUCCCCUGUGCCAGCCCCGCCCGCUGCUGUCUCAUAAUGAGAAUUUUACCCCAAAACCGCCAGUAACGCCCCCAAAAUGCCACGCACGGGCUGUGGGGUCACAGCCCUGUCCCCUCCCUCCGGGAGCCACAUUCCUGUCGCGCUGCCACCCCCGCUGCCACCGCCGCGUCCGUGCCAGGACCCAGUAAAGCCGUGCUAAAUGCCAGCCCGUGCCAAGCGUGCCAGUGAAGCCGUGCUAAAUGCCAGCUGUGCCAGGACCCGUGUAAAGCCGUGCUGAAUGCCAGCCCGUGCCAUGGCACCCAGUAAAGCCGUGCUCAAUGCC